AUGGGGCUCUUCCACAAUGUCCUCUCCCUCCUUAUGGGUGCAUUUUCACAAACCAUGGCACAGACUGUGCCUCCACAGAUGGGAGGUCGCAUAGAUGUCUCCAAGUAUAGCCCAUCUGAUAUCAUUACUCGCGAUGUCUGUAUCAUCGGCGGCGGACCAGCAGGCACCCACGCUGCCAUUCGCCUACGUCAGCACAACAAAAGCGUGGUGGUUUUAGAGAAACAGGACCGCCUCGGAGGCCAGACAAACACCUACAUCGAUCCCGAGUCCGGUCGAGCCGUUGACUACGGCGUCACCUACUUCCAGAACCUGUCAUCUGUCCGGGAUAUGUUCGAGCACUUUGAAAUCCCUUUGACGAAAGCUGUGUUCGAUUACAAGAUGCACAUGUUUGACUUCCGCACGGGAACGCCAGUCCAGGACUCCUCGAAGGCUGAAAUGGCAGCCUUCACGGAGAAAUAUAUGGCCCAGUUGGCCGGAUAUCCCUAUCUGAAGACUGGGUUUGAUCUACCGGAUCCAGUGCCGGAGGAUCUGCUUCUUACAUUCGGAGAAUUCCUGCGAAAGUAUGAUAUGAUGCCAGCGGUCGGCCAAAUAGGCGGGUGGAUCAACGCCCUGGGCGAUUGGCAAAAUAUGCCCACACUGUACAUCAUGAAGUACAUGUGUGCGGACAUCAUGAACGGGGUAAAGACUGGAUUCGUUCGCCCAGCCGAUCAUAAUAACAGUGCCAUAUACGAUGCCGCCCGUAAAGAGCUAGGAGAAGAUGCACUGCUGAAUAGCAAAGUGGUGCAGAUGAAUCGAGACGACUCCAAUGGUUGGGUCUACAUGGAAGUGCAAUCUGGCUCACAGACAAGGCUUAUCCGCGCGAAGAAGAUUAUUGUCGCCUUCCCACCUCACCUGGAUAACUUCGGAGGCUUCGAUGUCAGCCCGAAGGAGAAGGAGCUUUUCUCUCAAUUCCGACACAUUUACUUCUAUCCCGCAUUGGUCCGCAUCCAGGGCAUUCCCGAUAAUGUCUGUUAUAUAAACCGAGGCGCGGAUCACCCGUUCCUGCGUCCCCAGCUACCUGGCAUACUGAUGAUGAGAACAAGCGACGUGCCGGGGCUAUGUACAGUCCAUUUCUCCAGUCGUUCUCCACUGUCGGAAGAACAGGUAAAAGCUGGCAUCGUGAAAGGCAUCUCUAGUAUCAGAGAGACCCAAGGUAUUGACGGCACUGACCUUGAGUUUGUCAGACUGGCAAACCACAGCCCCUACCAGAUGACAGUCUCGGCCGACGCCAUCGCGCAUGGGUUUUACCAAGAGCUUAACGCAUUGCAGGGUGAGCGGCACACCUAUUAUACUGGAGCCACUUUCGACUCGCACAACACACCACAGAUAUGGAAUUUUACAGAGCAACUGCUGCAGGAGCAAAUAUUGAAGUCGCUGGAGUAA